AUGCUGCCAACCGACUCUUCUCAACCGCCUCCGGGGUCCUUCAUGACACCCCCGGGGGGUUUCCUCCGGCCAGCCGAGGUUCCGUUUUCGCAGCGUCAGAAUGGCUUUACACAUACCACUUCUACUUCUCGGAUUAUUUAUCAAACACGAUCUCUAUCCUCUACCUCCCGACUCCUCCAAACGAAACCCCCAUCACCGUCUUCAGACUCCACUUCGACUCAACCCAAUGGCGCUGCCACCCCGGAAGUAGAGAAGAAGGAAGAGGAAGGAUUCGAGCUCUCCGAGAGAGCCGCGCAAGCAGCGCAGGUCAAUCUACGAGCCAAAUUGGCCAAGGAUGGGUCCUCAGGCAAAAAGUCUGGAUUUGCGGAGAUUUGGCGACUAUUCAAGAUUGCGCGACCCGAAUCCAAAGCGCUUGGUUUCGCAUUCUUAUUUUUGUUAGUGUCAUCGUCUAUUACUAUGUCGAUCCCAUUCUCCAUUGGAAAGAUCAUGGAUGGAGCCACAAAGAGCGUCGAAGAGGGCGGUGGUCAACUGUUUGGUUUGAGCAUGCCCAUGUUCUAUACUGCUCUGGGUGGAGUUCUUCUCAUUGGUGCCGCCGCCAACUACGGCCGUAUAAUCAUUCUUCGAAUCGUGGGUGAACGUAUUGUUGCGAGACUCCGUUCGAAGCUUUUCCGCCAGACUUUUAUUCAAGACGCCGAAUUCUUUGAUGCCAAUCGAGUCGGUGAUCUGAUCUCUCGCCUGAGCUCAGACACGAUCAUUGUUGGUAAAAGUAUCACUCAGAACCUAUCGGAUGGAUUGCGGGCUGGUGUCAGCGGUUUCGCGGGCUUCGGUCUGAUGGCAUAUACCAGCUUGAAGCUUUCCAGUAUCUUGGCUAUACUCUUGCCACCGAUCGGCCUUGGCGCUCUCUUUUAUGGACGGGCAAUCAGAAACCUCAGCCGCAAGAUCCAGAAGAACCUUGGUAGUUUAACAAAAAUUGCCGAGGAGCGUCUGGGAAAUGUGAAAACUAGCCAGUCUUUUGCAGCUGAAGUCCAGGAAGUUAACCGCUACAACACCCAAGUUCGCAAGAUUUUCGAUCUCGGAAAACGGGAGUCUCUGAUCAGUGCGACCUUUUUCAGUACAACUGGCUUGAUGGGCAAUAUGACGAUUUUGAGUCUUCUCUAUGUGGGAGCUGGGAUGGUCCAAUCCGGGGCUAUCAGCAUCGGAGAGCUGACCUCUUUCUUGAUGUACACUGCCUACGCUGGCUCGAGCAUGUUUGGUCUGUCAAGCUUUUACUCCGAGCUGAUGAAAGGUGUCGGUGCUGCAAGCCGACUCUUCGAACUGCAAGACCGACAGCCGACGAUCCACCCUACAAAGGGACUCAAGGUGGACUCUGCUCGCGGGCCGAUCCGGUUCGAGAAUGUUUCCUUCAGCUACCCGACUCGCCCUGCCGUGGCUAUCUUCAAAGACCUCGAUUUUGAGAUCCCUCAAGGUACUAAUGUGGCCAUUGUUGGUCCAUCCGGAGGUGGUAAAUCCACCAUUGCGUCUAUCCUGCUUCGAUUUUAUAGCCCUACCGCGGGUCGUGUCCUAAUCAAUGGCAAGGACGUCAGUGGAAUGAAUGCCAAGUCUCUUCGUCGCAAGAUUGGCGUGGUUGCCCAAGAACCUGUGCUUUUCUCAGGAACCAUCUCAGACAACAUUUCCUAUGGUCGCCCUCACGCCACACGGUCAGAGAUCAUCGCUGCUGCCCGCCAGGCCAACUGCCAGUUCAUCAGUGAUUUCCCUGAUGGCCUCGACACCCACGUUGGAGCCCGCGGGGCCCAACUCUCAGGUGGACAGAAGCAGCGAAUUGCCAUUGCGCGUGCCCUGAUCAAGGAGCCUGACAUUUUGAUUCUGGAUGAGGCUACCUCCGCCCUGGAUGCUGAAUCAGAGACACUCGUUAACAGCGCGCUUGCUGCUCUUCUCCGGGGUAACAAUACCACUAUCAGCAUCGCUCACCGUCUCUCCACGAUCAAGCGCUCUGAUACCAUUAUUGUUCUUGGCAAUGACGGCACUGUCGCUGAGCAAGGCAGCUAUGAAGAGCUCAGCUCUCGCCCCGAUGGAGCUUUCACCAAGCUUAUGGAAUGGCAGUUGAGCGGAGGGGAGGCCCAAAACCCGCCUACUCGGUCCGUUGAACCGGACGAACUCUACAAGCUCCAAAAGGAAACGGAGCCUGAACCGGAAAUCGAAGAAGACGAAGUAGAGGAGUCAGAGUCCGAGAAGAAGAAGAAGGACUAG